CAACAAGACAGAAAACGUAAAGAAAAUAAAGCACCUGAUUGUAGGAUGAUUUGUUUUAAAAGAUUAUUGGAUCAAAAUAAAAAAACUAAAGAUGAAAAUAAUAAUAAUAAUUGGAAAGUUAAAUUAAGAAAAAUUGAUGAUAUAGAUGGCAAUAAUGGAGACAUAGCAAAAACUUUAUAUGAUAAAAAUACUACAUCUCUAAAUGGUGGUAAUAAUAAUAAUAAUGAUUGUGAUCAUGAUCAUGAUCAUGAGAGAUCAAAUAAUAUUAAACGUAAAAAUUUCUUGGAUGGAUAUUGUAUUUAUUAUGUUAAAGGAUUGGAAAAUUGUGACAAACAUGUUGAAAGUAUGAAAAACGCAGAUGAGUCUUUGAAUCAAAAUUUAUGGUUACAAAAUGAAUUAGAAGAAUAUGAAAUUGAUUUGGGUGACAAGUUAGAACAAGCCAAAUUAGAAACAACUCGUGUAAUAAAAAGAGCAUUCACACCAGGAUUUCAAUUAGCUAAAAGAUACUUUGAAUCUUGGUCAGAUGGAACACAAUUUUCAUUCUUUAGAAAAUUUUAUCAUAGUGCACAACGUAUGGAUGCAGUUCAUUUAGUUCAAGAAAAUGUUAAAAAAGCUGUAGAU